GAACAAAUUUUUCCCCUGAACGCGGGUUCUCAACCUGUCUCCAACGUGUACUCUAAUUAAACGUUUAUUUCCCCUUAUACCGACUGCUGGGGAAUGCCAAUGAAGCUCGAUAUAAAAAGAAAACUUUUAUCAAGAUCUGACAGAGUUAAAUGCGUGGAUUUACACUCAUCAGAACCGUGGAUUUGUGCUGCAUUGUAUAAUGGAAAUGUGCAUAUUUGGAAUAUCGAAGCUCAGCAGUUGAUAAAAACAAUCGAAGUUUGUACAAACCCUGUUCGUGCUGUAAGGUUCGUAGCUCGUAAAAAUUGGAUAGUUACAGGCUCCGAUGACAUGCAAUUGCGAGUUUUCAAUUACAAUACGCUUGAAAGAAUUCAGCAAAUUGAAGCCCAUUCUGACUAUAUACGAUCCAUUGCUGUGCAUCCUACUCAACCAUUUAUCCUUACAUGCUCAGAUGAUAUGCUUAUACGUUUAUGGGAUUGGGAAAAUAACUGGACAUGUGCUCAGGUGUUUGAAGGUCACAACCAUUAUGUUAUGCAUUUAGCAUUCAAUCCGAAGGAUAAUAACACGUUUGCUAGCGCUUCUUUAGAUCAUACAGUCAAAGUGUGGAGCCUGGGAUCAACUUCUCCGAAUUUCACUUUAGAAGGUCAUGAGAGGGGAGUCAAUUGUGUCGACUAUUCCACAUCUGGUGAUAAACCUUAUUUGGCUAGUGGGUCGGAUGACAGGACUGUAAAAAUAUGGGAUUAUCAAACUAAAGCAUGUGUUCAAACUCUCGAAGGUCAUGCCCAAAAUAUCAGUUCCGUUUUAUUUCAUCCUGAAUUGCCAAUCAUUCUUACUGGGUCCGAAGAUGGUACUGUACGAUUUUGGCAUGCCAACACCUAUCGUUUAGAGUCAACAUUAAAUUAUGGUUUAGAACGUGUUUGGACUAUGACAUGUCAACGUGGUAAACAGAUCGUUGGGAUUGGUUAUGAUGAAGGCACAAUUGCUAUCUCUUUGGGUCGGGAUGAACCAGCCAUGUCUAUGGAUUCAUCUGGAAAGCUAGUUUGUGCUAAACAUUCAGAACUAGUUCAAGCGAAUUUACGGUCGUUGAAUUUUGGUGGAGAAGGAAGUGAAGCAAUCCAAGAUGGUGAACGUCUGCCAAUUACUUUCAAAGAUAUGGGCACCUGUGAAAUAUACCCACAAAUUAUCGAGCAUAACGCUAAUGGACGUUAUGUAGUUGUUUAUGGUGAUGGCGAGUACAUAGUUUACACUGCUAUGGCAUUAAGAAAUAAAACAUUUGGUCAAGGUUUAGAAUUUGUAUGGUGUCAAUCCGAUGCUGGUGUAUAUGCUGUUCGUGAGAGUAAUGCUGUUGUUAAGGUUUACAAACAAAUGAAAGAGUUACGUACAUUUAAAUUAGAUUAUGGUGCUGAACAAAUAUUUGGUGGCUAUUUAUUAGGUGUACGUUCAAUAACUGGUUUAACAUUUUAUGAUUGGUUAACUGGUCGAUUAAUUCGACGUAUUGAUAAUAAUUCCAAAAAUGUUUAUUGGAAUGAAUCUGGUCAAUUAGUUGCAUUGUGUACAAAUGAUUCAUUUUUCAUAUUACGUUAUUCAAUGGAUGCUGUACCGGAUUUAGAUGUAUCAACAACUAAUAAUGGUCAUGAAAAUGUAGACGGAUAUGAAAAAGCUUUUCAACUUGUACCAAAUGGUGAAGUCAAUGUUCAAGUACUUAAUGGUCGUUGGUUUGGUGAUGCAUUUAUAUUUACAACACAAGAGAAUCGUUUGUGUUAUUUUGUUGGUGGUCAAGUAUUCACAUUGGCUUUAUUGGAUCGUCAAAUGUAUUUACUAGGUUAUUUAGCAAAAGAAAAUCGAUUAUUUUUAGGUGAUAGAGAUCUACAGAUUGUUAGUUAUACUUUAUUACUCAGUGUAUUAGAAUAUGAAACAGCAGUGUUACGUGGUGAUUUUACAACAGCUGAUGCUAUUCUUCCAAAUAUAUCCAAAGAUCAAUAUACAAAAAUUGCUCAAUUCUUAGAGAAACAAGGUUAUCGUAAACAAGCUAUGCGUGUUACUACAGAUAUUGAUCAUAAAUUUGAACUAGCUUUACAAUUAGGCGAUUUUGAAUUAUGUCAACAAAUUGCAUUGGAUAGCGCUGGUGGUGAUGAGAAAACAAAUGAAACGAAAUGGAAACAAUUAGCUGAAGCUGCUUGUAAAGUUUGUAAAUUUAAAUAUGCUGAAGAAUAUUUAUCACGUACCGAUGAUUAUGCUAGUUUAAUGUUACUAGCAACAAGUUCAGGCAAUCGAAAACUACUUGAAUGGAUUGGUAAAGAGGCUGCGACCAAAGGCAAUGAUAAUAUUGCAUUUCUGGCACGUUUUCUUGUUACCGAUUUAGAAGGUUGUCUUGAAUUGUUGACAAAUGCUAAACGAUUCCCUGAAGCAGCAUUUUUCGCUCGUACAUACCUGCCAAGUUGUAUGCCAGAAAUAGUAGAACAAUGGCGUGAUUGGUUAGAUAAAUCAAAUAAGGCCAGUGCAAAAAUUGCAAAUUCAUUAGCUAAUCCAAAAGAUUAUCCAAAUUUAUUUCCUGAUCUCGAGGAGGCGUUAUCCACAGAAAAAUGGUUAAAAGCAGACAGGAAAGCACGGCUAAAUUUACCUGCUUCCAUUUAUCCAACUCAACAAUUACCAGCUGAUCGUGAUCUUCACAGUGAAAUGCAACAUAAACCUAUCCCUCUGGAAUCAUUGUCAUUGGAUAAAAUGCCAUUCGAUGCUAAUAAUCCUAUUCCAACAUCCAUCAUCAAUAAUAAUGAUAAGAGCAAUAAUGUAUCAAUUAUUGAAGAACAAAAACACAAAGAAAUUAUCCCACCUGUUGUUGUCGAUCCAAUAACAACACUACAAUCGAAGAAUAACCGUCAAAAUGAUUCCGACGAUAGUGGUGAAUCAGACUCGGUCAAAUUAAUCGGUGAUGAAGAAGAGGAUGAGGAGGUGGAAGAGGAGGAGGAAAGAGAACAAGAAGAAGAAGAAGAAGAGGAGGAGUUAGAUGAAGAUGUUGAUGACGCUGAAGAGAAGAAUAACGACGACGAUCAAGUGGAUCUGGGCGAGGAGAAUGUUGAUUCUUGGUACGAUGAAGAUGACGACGACGACGGCGAUGAUGUUAGUGAUGAAAAUGCUGUUGACAAAAAGUCCAAUAGUCGUGUAAGUAAUAACGCGUUGAUGAAAACCACAAUGUCUGAAAAACAAAAAUAAUUUGAAUUUUUUUUUCUCUCUCCAAAUAUUUGUGAUCAUUGGUAUUAUUUACUUUGAAAUGAUUUACUUUUAAACUAUUUUUUGACUUUUUGUGCUAGUUUUGUUUGCGUGUGUGUAUGUUGACUUGUUCAUUAUUUGUGUAGGUGUGUAGGAUGGUCUAACAAUUCUUUUAUAUAAAUAAAUAUACGUGUAUGUAUGCAA